AUGGACACGGGUUACGGUGGCCCUAUCACCAUCACGACGACCGUCAACCAGUACAUACGUGCCAACGUUGCAGGCUUUCAUAUCGAAGACCAGCUCCUUACGAAGCGCUGCGGCCAUCUAGCCGGGAAGAAGGUUGUCUCUCAAGAAGUCUACCUCUCACGCAUCAGAGCCGCCAAAGCAGCCAAAGACAAAGCACGCUCGGAUAUCGUCCUGAUUGCAAGAACUGACGCGAACCAACAACACGGGUAUGACGAAUGCCUCACCCGAUUGCGCGCUGCUCAAGAUCUUGGCGCGGACGUCGGUCUGCUGGAAGGCUUCAAGAGCAAAGACGAAGCGCGCCGGGCAGUACAGGAUCUCGCGCCAUGGCCUCUGCUGCUGAACGUCGUUGAGAAUGGUCACAGUCCUUUGAUCACCGUAGAUGAAGCGAGGGACAUGGGUUUCCGGAUCAUCAUCUUUUCCUUCGGAACCCUGGUCCCAGCCUAUUUGGCGAUCAAAAGCGCAUUUGAGAGGUUGAAGGUCGAAGGGAUUACAGGCGUCCAUGAAACAGAGAUUAGUCCAAGGAGUAUUUUUGAUGUCUGUGGCUUGGAGGAAGCGAUGGAGGUUGACGAAAAUGCUGGAGGAGAGGACUUUAAGGGCGGUGUUUGA